AUGAGGGGAAGGGGGGCCCCUCGGGGCGACGGCGGCGCGGGCGUCAAGAGGCCCAUCGGAGGAGCCUUCUGGAUAGGGCCCCUCGGCGGCGGCGUGGGCGUGGGCGUGGGAGAGGCCCCUCGGGCAGUAGUGAAGCGGGCAGCGGGGAGCCCCUCGGGGCAGGCAUCGGGGAGUCGCUUGGGGCUGCAGCGGCGCGGGCGUUGGGGAGUUGGGGCUGGCCGCGGGCGGGUGAGGAUAGGGUUUCGCGCUUUUUAUGUCCCGAUGUGGGACCCACGGUGGCCGGCUAAAAGGAUAUCUCAACAGCGAUGCAUACCCUCUAACAGCCUGCUGAAAAAAUUGGUUGCCUAUAAGCACAUACAGUGGAAUGUCGGGGUCGGACCCACAGCAAGUUUCACACAAGCUAUAUCAAGCAUCAUUCGGGAGGAAAAGAUGAGGUCGGAUGGUCCCUUUGAUCACGUAAUAGAGGUGGAUAUGAAGCAAGCAUCAUGGUCAAGGACGAUGCUCAACAUUAAUGACAGACUGGCCAUCGAAGUGGCAGAGCAGCUCGGUCUGCUCUCUCUCAACCAAGAAUACAGAAGGCUCAAGGAAGAGAAUGAUGAGCUGCGGUACUAUACAUACGGGACGAUGGAUGGCAGUGGCACAGACUCACACUCGCUACAAAUCUUGUCAAGGUCAAUGGUUCCUCACAUCCUCCAAAAGUUGUUGGGGAAGAGAUACAUGCUUGUGGUUCAGAACCUAGACGAGCCCAUCAAUGUUGAUGUUUUAACACGGGGGGCAGGUUUUCCUGCUCCUGCGUGGGAAGGCUCUUUCUGGCUCAUGUCCACCACCUCCAUAGAUGUCUAUGAUGAUAGCAAGUCAUCAGAUAAUGAUCAGUGUGCCAUCCAAUCCUUUAGUGGGGAUGAUAUAUUGAUCCUUACUGCCUACUCGUUACAUCGAGCGGCUAAGCACACAUCUAAUGUGAUCGGCAACAAAGACGAGCAGCAUUGGCACCUUGUGGCCCUUUGGUGCUUCCACUACGCUCUAAUAUUUCUCAAUCCCUUAGGUGGCAUCGGCGAGUCCUUGAACAGUGAUGUCGAACUCCCUUCAACCUCGUUCUUCCAUGAAUAUGAAGAGUUUCUUUGGAAGCAAAAGGGCCUUUAUGUCUAUAAUAUUAGUGGUCUCAAAGAACACCUCGAGGACAUCCCCACCUUGGCCAUCCUACGUGCUGCCCGUCGACUCUAUGCCGUGGACAAGAUUCUUCCUGAUCGGCUGAGAUCCCCGGAUCCAUGGCUUCCACGUGAGUAUGACCCGUACAAAGAGAGACUCCGCAUAUGGGAGGUUCAAUGCGACAUACAUUCCCCACUUAUGGCAAGGGUCAAACGCAAUGACCCUCGAGAAAUGAAGAGUUUCUGCCAGCACUACCACAACAAGUACAUCCAGGAAGUGCUCGAUGAUGCUGAUACAAUGGACCGGAGCCAACUCAGUACAAGGUAUGAAACUGCUGCUGUGCUAUCUAAUGUACUAUCUGCUAUGCAUCAAGCGCUCAGGAGUCGUGGUGCACUGGAAGAAGAUAUUACCUCAGGCUCAGAUAAGCAUGAGUUAAUAUGGCAAUGGGCCUCCCAUGGCAUCCUACUUGCCACCAAAGGAGCUGUCCGAGAAAGAAUAGGGGAGGUGACGGUGACGGACAGCUACCAUGGCAAAUCCAAUGAUGACAGUGCAUAUCAAGUUGGAAGUGUCAUCAUUGAGACUUUUCGGGAGUACUCAUUGCUGCAGCUACCCUUUUCUUCUCAAGUUUUUGAAGCCGAAACUUUUGAUAGCGACUUCUUCCAUAACAUGCCCAAUCUACAAGAGCACUUGCUUGUCGGUUGCUCCGACCUUGUGGAGUUGCCGCCCUCCAUUGCUAAGCUGUCUAGCCUAACAACACUCAAGCUCACAAGGACUCGGAUAAAAUCUUUCCAUUACUGGGAGAUGUUUAACAACAUGAAGGAGCUCCUAUCAUUUGAGCUAAUUAACAAUUGCAAGUUUCGAACUGAGGAAGAGCUAAAACUAGAAGGGCAUCCUACCCUGAGAUCAUUCUCAUUGGUUGCCGCACCCUAUAUAAGGAGAUUGUCCUUUAAUGGAUGUAGAAAGCUGGAGUCUGUGGACAAUCUCAAGGAGCUUGAUGCUUUAGAGGAGCUUGAUCUUUCUGCUACAGGUAUCAAGGAGAUCCCAAUCGACAUCCUUAAUCUACCCCGGCUUGGACGAUUGCUUCUCAUAGGUGUUCCUGCUCUAAGGCGCUUUCCUUGGCAUGAUCUGAAGCGACUCCCAGAUAUGUUUUGCUUGGAUCAGAGCUUGGAGGGAAAUGGAGUUCAUUCCAGUCCACAAGUUGCUCAGGUGGUGAGCACCAACGAUUCCAGAUUGUUUUAUAGGUUCAACAAGAGCACUGUGAAUUUAGUAAGGAGUGGACAACUUUUCAAGUCUUUCUACAUUCAAGUUAAAUCAUGUAAGGCCAGAUUUAUGAAGACCAAUGACGAAGAUGACAUGGUGACCAACAACAUGCUUCAGGUAUCUGAGUCAACCUAUGCUGAUGUAAACCAUCAGUAUCUAACAGGGGGAGUCUCUAUGGUGUCAAUGGAUGACAUGCUUCCCUUCCGAGUGACCGAGCGUCAUGUGGAGAUCUCAGCAGUGGAUCGGUAUCCCGCUGGUCUAACACAUCUUCUAGAGGUCACCAAGUCGGUCUGCAUGAUGGAUGAUACUCACGUCACCUGCCUCAGCGACCACCUGAGUAAUUUCGAUGAUCUGGAGGAAUGCCAGCUCAGGCCAUCUGGCAGUGGUGCUACCUUCCGUGCACUCAAGAACGUCCGUCUGGAGCACUGCCCGAGGUUGGAGGGCUUCAUGCCAAGAGACUGUGAGCUGCCAAGCCUCGUGACGCUUGACAUCCUCUUCUGCUACAACCUGAAGGCAAUAUUUUACAACAAUGGCCAUCAUUCUUCUCCUCGUCACUACCAGCUCCCUUGCCUCCAAAAGAUACGCCUCCACGAGUUGCCACUGCUGGAGCAUCUCUACGUCGGCGACGCCAUCCUCACCGCGCCCAAGUGGGAGGAGUUCCAGGUCCAUGGGUGCUGGAGCUUGCGUCGUCUCCCUCGCCUCCACCAACAACCAGACAAGGCCGUGAAGGUGAGUGGGGAGCAGGCCUGGUGGGCGAAGCUACUCUGGGACGACCAAGGUGACGGUGCGCACCACCACCGCAGUAUAUACAAGCCCAGCCUGCCUCCAGCUUUCACCUUCGUCCACGAGCGCUUCGUCAUCAAGAGCUACCUCAGAUGA